UAUAAAUAAAGUAUAUAAAUCAGGGUUAGUAAUAAAACAGUUAGUUUUCUAGUGCACUUGUAGGUGAUACAGGAACUGCAUUACCAUGAAAAUUGUGGUAUUUAUCAGUCUUUGCACACUGGCAAUAGCCUUUGCUAAACCUGGUGGCUAUAAAUAUGGUGGUGGUAUUGCUACCGGUGCCAUAGCAACUCCAGGCAUUUCAACAGGAGCCGUACUAGCUCCAGCAAUUGAAACAGGAGCUAUAUAUGCUGCUCCUCAAGAUACUGGAACUAUCGCAGCCGCUCCUGUAGCCGCCGGAACAAUCGCUACUGCUCCUGCCGCUGCUGGAACCAUCGCUACCGCACCUGUAGCUGCCGGAAGCAUUGCUACAGCUCCUGUAGUUGCGGGAAGCAUUGCUACAGCUCCUGUAGCUGCCGGAAGCAUUGCUACAGCUCCUAUAGCUGCAGGAACCAUUGCCACCGCACCAAUCGCUGCUGGAAGCAUUGCAACUGCUCCUAUUGCUGCCGGCUCAAUAUAUGCUGCUCCAGUUGCAGCUGGAACCAUUGCUACAGCACCUGUAGCAGCUGGUAGCAUUGCCGCAGGUCCCGUUGCCUCAGGUAUCAUAACAACUGGUGGUGGAUCUCCUGGAUAUGUAGCUGCCGGUCCUGAAGCCCCUGGAUAUGUAGCUGUAGGUCCAGAGUCUCCAGGAUAUGUAGCUGUAGGUCCAGAGUCCCCUGGAUAUGUAGCUGUAGGCCUUGAAUCUCCCGGAUAUGUAGCUGUAGGCCCUGAAUCUCCUGGAUAUGUAGCUGUGGCACCAGAAGCACCGGGAUAUGUAGCCGUAGCUCCGGAAGCACCCGGUUAUGUAGCUGUUGGUCUUGAAUCCCCAGGAUACGUAGCUGAGAGUUUACCUGCUCCUGGAUACGUUGCUGCUGCUCUACCAGUUGCUGCUCCUGUUAUUGCUCCAGCUGUACCUGCUCUUAGUGCUGGUGUUGUUACUGCUGGUGGUGGUACUAUUGGCGUCAGUGGUUACGGGGCAGUUGUUAAGGGACCACCAACCAUUCCAAUUGCUGUCGCUGGACCAGCUGGUGCUGUCAAAGCCGAAGGACUUUAUGGACCAGGACCUAUUAAAGCUUAUAAAUACUAGUUCCAAUUUUAUUAUGAAUAAAUUAUGUUAUUUAAA